AUGCUUCACUCACUUGACCUUGCUCUGAACCACUUCCUUCAUGCUUUCAGCAUCCUGCAGGCCUGGUUUGACUCAGACCAUGAUGAUUACCUGGAUGCCAAAGAGUUGCAGCAGGCGUUGCAUCUCGGCUUGCUGUUGGCAAUACAUCGAGGCUGCUUGGAUCGCACCUGUGCACGGACAAUUCACCAUGAUCUGUCAGCGGCCAUCACAACAAUUGACUUUGCGGACGACGGUUCCUUCUCUUCAGAUGCUGAAAGAAAGUCCCUGAGCUCUGCGGAGGAGUCAAGGAGCAAGCCAGAUCGAGAUGGUGAGAGGGAGAAGAACCUUGCAUGCAUCAAGGAGAUGAGCUAUUGGUACGGCAUGAUCGUCUCCAUCCCCGAUGACGUCCUCUGGGUGCUUGCGCAGUGCGACAGCAGUGGAAAUGGCCGAAUCAGCCGGGACGAGGCAAGCGAAGCCGCGAUCCCGGCCAUGGCAAUGUGGCAUGCCCUGGCUGACAAAAACUUCCAGCGGCAGUGGCAGCCACACGUGACGUGUUUCACCAACCGACUUCAGAUGAAGCUUGGAAAUACCAUAAAGCUCGAAGCGCAGAGAAACGGUAGGAACGAGCUCAAGAUGGAAUUGACCAAAUUGGAGGAAAGCAUGGAAGCGUUCCUGAAGGAGAAGGCGAAAAGCUUGCCUGAACAGUUAGAGGCCAUCGUUCAGUCCAGUGAUCUUGACGACGGCAACCUCAUUUUCAAAGGUCAUGACGCCCUUGUCCAGGGACACACGAUUGCUCCGCGAAUCGCCAAUGCUUUGGAGGACGGCCAGAAGGAGGUCGAAGAUCAAGCUCGCGAGGAGCUGCAGGCCCUGGUGACUCGGCAGAUGACGGAGUUGAAGGAGGCGAAGGAUGGUCUGAUCACGACGCUCAAGACAAAGUGCGAGCAGAAUUGGACCCUUCUGGAGGAGUUUGAUGAUGUCCGACUUGCUGAAGAAGCAUCCGUCAAGGUUGCUCAGGAGGAACUUGACGACCUCUACAAGUUGGUCUUCCGCCUUGUGGACUUGAUCUCCAAUGCAGAAGACGGCGUUUAUCCUGUUAUGAGGCAACAGGAUGGCCUUCGGCGCACACUGAUUCCCGACGGCGUGAAGCCCUCAAAGCCCACGCCGGAGACCCACCCGACGCUUUUCCGGGCGCUAGACAAGGCCGAGCGCACGGAAAGCUCGCUGCAGCGCGUUUCUCACAGACCGUUGCCUGCGGCAGCCCGACUGCGUCGCCUGGUUGCUGCAGCAGCGGGUCUUUUCGAUUGUUUGGGCCUCCAGCAGGACAAUG